GGAGCGGGCGGUGGGAGCGGGACGGACCGUGACCCCCAAACCCUCGGGACCCCCCGGGACCCCCCCCCCCCGGCCUCGCCAUGUUCACGGACCUGGCGGCGCCCGGAGCCGACGUUCAGUCGCUGUGGAGGAGCGCCCGGAGCGCGCGCUGCGAGGAGAAAAGCUGCCAGACUGGGAGAAUUUCCACAGCAGAAGCUGCAACACAGUCUCACACAGGCCAGGAUGUUGCGGUGCAGACGGAACAGGGCAAAGAUGUUCUCCAAGACUUCCAGCAACAAGUCCAAGUAGAUUACACUGGCCUUCUGUCAUUCCUUCAGAGAGUGGAGGACACUGUUAUCAAAGAGCUAAAUAAAAACUGGGAAAGCCGUGCCUUUGAUGGCUUUGAAGUGAAGUGGACAGAUCAGAAUGAAACAGUGUUGUGUUUGCAUACGUUGUCAUUCCCAUGGGCUCAGCGUGAUAACCUGCAGGUCACCGGUGUCUCAUGGAAUGCCACGGGAUCUGUCAUCGCCUGUUCCUACGGCCGGUUGGAUGAUGGGGACUGGAGAAGAGAAAGAUCCUACGUUUGCACCUGGAAUCUGGACAGAAGAGGGUUGAAUCCCCAGGACCCUGACGUGGUGCUGGUUACCCCCAGCUCUGUCAUGUGCCUGGCUUUCCACCCCUCCCAGCCCUCACUGAUAGCAGGUGGCCUUUUCAAUGGGGAGCUGGUGGUGUGGGACACCAGCAGGACAGGAGACUCUGUGAUCUGGAGGACAGGGAUGACAGAUGACACCCACACUGACCCAAUCUAUCAGGUUCACUGGUUACCUGACCCCAAGCACAAGCAGCACUGCCGGCUGCUGACUGUGUCCACUGAUGGGAAGAUCCUGGUGUGGAGGGAGGAGCGGAACGGGCAGCUGGUCUUGGCCGAUGGAUUCGCUCUGGUGGCUCAGCAGAUCCCUCGCAGCGCUCGGCUGAAGAAGUUGGCCUGGGCAGAGGGAGCCGUGGGGGUGACCUCGCUGUCCUUCUCCCCCUUCGAUCCCCACGUGUUUGUGGUGGGUGUGGAGGGGGGUUAUUCCCUGAGGUGCUCCACUGCAGCCCAGACUCCGGCUCUCCCUCCCUGGGGCAGCUCCGUUCCCCUCAGGGCGCCGGUGGAAUUCACCUUCUCCCCCCACGCCGGGCCCGUGUACUCCGUGAGCUGCUCGCCCUUCCACAGGAACCUCUUUCUGAGCUGUGGGACUGAUGGCCAAGUUCACCUGCACUCCAUGCUGCAGCCACAGCCCCUCUUUGCUGUGCAGGUGUCUCAGAAGUACCUGUUCUGUGUGCGCUGGUCUCCAGUCCGACCCCUGGUCUUCGCAGCUGGGUCUGGGGAAGGAGAGCUGCUCCUGUUCGACCUGGCGAGGAGCACACAGCAGCCCACGCUGUCCCUGAAGCAGGCCCUGAGCCACUGCCCCGUGUACUGCCUGGAAUUUAACAGCAAACACACACAGCUCCUGGCAGCAGGGGAUGCUGCUGGAACAGUCAAAGUGUGGCAGCUGAGCUCAGACUUCACCGAGCAGGGACCACGGGAAAUGAAUCACCUGGAGCAGCUGGCGAGUGAGAGCACGGACUGAGGCAGCAGCACAGCAGCUGCACGAAGCUUGUUCCUGUCCUGACUCCAGAACAGCUCCCCACUCACCUAUUCCAGUGCUGGAAAACACAGGUAACCCUCAGCUGGAGCUGCACCCAUGUAACAGUUAAAUUUGCAUUGAACCAUUAAACACCUGAUGAUGUGGUUCGAC